UUUCUAGGCUUGAAGGCUUUGUUUCUAACAAGGAUCAAUCCUAUGAAGACCCAAUCGAAGAGCUACUUUAUGCUGUAUUUGUUGUGUCAAGUGCUAAUGCUACUGUUGCUGAAUUGGCUGCAACUUUACAAGCUGACCUUUAUCAGCUGCAGGCAGCGGCAUCAUUUGCUUGCCGAUUGGGCUGGGCUGUAAAACUUGUGGAUGGUGACUCUGUAUUUAAAGACGAAGGUGAACCUCCAUCUCUCAGUAACAUUCUUAGUGAUGAUGAUGAAGGCUCAAAUGCAAGUAUCAACUCAGAAAAGUCCAAUCAACAGUUGCUUAGCAUCGAUACUAAUGGACCCAGGAGAAUAUCCGGGACAGCUCAUGUAGGUUUUGUUGUUGAUGCCAAUGUUACUUCAUACUUGAUGAUGGGUUCAUUGUCCCCAGGUCUAAAAUCUCAUGCUGUCACGCUGUAUGAAGCUGGAAAAUUAGGUGAUUCUUGCAUUGCGGAACUAUGCAGUGAUCUGGCUAGUUUAGAAGGAAAGAAAUUUGAGGGUGUGCUAGAGGAGUUUGCUAAUCAUGCAUUCAGUCUGCGGUGGUCCCUCGAGUGUUUAAAGUCCGGUGGAGUUUCUACCGAUGAUAGUACUGAUAAAGAUGGUGAAACAAAGACUCCAACAAAUUUAUUGCAUGAAAAUGUUACAGCCCAUCUGGCCAAUGCAAACAUCGAGGACAGAGCUGAGGAUGGCCUUGGUAAAGUGCCCCAGGAUAACUGCUCUACUGGUGUUUUAGAUAAUAAAGAUGAGAAUAUAUCAUCAGUGUCAAUGGGUUUACCAGAACGUGGGGAAAACAUGGUUAGAAUUGAGGCUCAGAAUGACUCAACUGGCACCAAUGUGUUGAUGAUAAAAAGGAAGUACACUGUUGAUGUCCUCCGAUGUGAGAGCCUUGCUUCACUUGCUCCAGCAACACUAGAACGGCUAUUUCUCCGUGACUAUGACAUUAUUGUGUCAAUGGUUCCUCUUCCUUCUUCAUCAGUUCUUCCUGGUCCUUCAGGCACGAUUCAUUUUGGUCCACCCUCUUAUUCUGCGAUGACACCUUGGAUGAAGCUAGUAUUGUAUACUGCAGGCCAUUCUGGACCACUAUCUGCUGUUUUCUUGAAAGGACAACGCUUCAGAUUGCUUCCUGAACCAUUAGCUGGUUGUGAAAAAGCAAUGUUAUGGUCUUGGGAUGGCUCUAUGGUUGGUGGACUAGGAGGGAAGUUUGAAGGGAAUUUGGUCAAGGGCAAUCUACUCUUACAUUGCUUGAACUCGAUGUUGAAGCAAUCUGCCGUGUUAGUGCAACCGCUUAGAAUAGAUGAUCUCAACGCAUCAGGAAGCCUUGUCACAGUAGAUAUCCCUUUACCCCUGAAGAAUGAUGAUCAUUCAAUUGCAUCUGUGGUAGCUCAAGCAAAUUUGCCAAAGGAACAGGUCUUUAAUUUGACCUCAGUACUGAAAGACCUAUCCAGUAAAUUUCAGUUGACCACGCUUGGCUACCUUCGUCUAUUAAGACUUAACAAUCUUGUCGAAUCGGAUAAGUUUCACCCAGAAAAUGCAAGUUACCAGUGGGUGCCCUUGAGUUUGGAGUUUGGAAUUCCCUUGUUCAAUCCAAACUUAUGUGAGAGGAUUUGUGAAAGGGUGGUUGCGUCUCGUAUACUUCAGAAAGAUGAUCUCACUGAACAUUAUGAUGUGAUGCAAAAUGUAAGGAGGCGUCUCAGAGAACUUUGUAGUGAAUAUCAAGCAACUGGACCAGUAGCUAAGUUAUAUAACAAGAGGGGAAGCUCAAGGGAUCUACCUCGCACUUUAAUCAAUAGUAUUAGUAGCAGAUGGGAUCCAGCAAAUGAUCCUUCAGCACCAACCAACACAAGAACCCCAAGUGAACACGAGAGGCUAAAACUUGCUGUCCGACAGAGAUGCGGCACAGAAGUUGUGGGCUUUGAUGGGAGGACUGUCAGGUCAUAUUCACUCUCUCCGGAGCAGGAAGAGGCUACCACCAAACACAUCUCUGACGAACAGUCAUCCACCCAUGACGGAAAGCCAGAUCAAGAAGAUGCACACAGCAAGGAUGUAACCUUGCCAGGACUAAACCUUAUCUUUGACGGAGUUGAAUUACACCCCUUCGAUAUUGGUGCUUGUCUUCAAGCACGCCAACCUCUCUGGUUGAUAGCUGAGGCAUCAACAGUUUCAUCAACCCUCAUAUGAUGCGUCCAUGUGGUCAUCUCGCUUUUGCUCCAAUAUCUCCGUCUAUGCUGGUAAAUCAGAACUGAAACUGUUGCAACUAAUGCUUCUCGAAAGGCUUAUUUCAUUAAUCUCGACUCUUGAGGGAAUAUUUUGUUGUACAAAGGGUUCGGUGCCGUUUGAUGUGCCAUGUGAGGUCAGCUGAUGUCUUUCACAUGAAUGACCAAACAUUGCUCGGA